AUGGUCACCGACGGCUUCAACUCACUCGAGGGCGUCACCUGCACCGUCACCCAGGGCGCGAUGUACAGCUUCCCGCAGAUCCUGCUGCCCCCGAAGGCGAUCGCCGCGGCCAAGGCGGCAGGCAAGGCGCCGGACGUGUUCUACUGCCUCGAGCUUCUCGAGGCCACAGGCAUCUCGACAGUGCCCGGCAGUGGGUUUGGGCAGUCGGAGGGGACGUUCCACUUGCGCACCACCAUCCUGCCGCGCGAGGAGCGGAUGGCCGAAUUCGUGCAGAAGUUCAGGGACUUCCAUGAGUCAUUUAUGGAGCAGUACGCAUGA